AGAAAUCCAAAUCCUCCUCCGAUUUGCGAAAAUCCGCCUCCGCCCAACAAUGGAAAUGUAUUUUGCAACCCUAAACCGGAUAUGAAAGUUUGUAAAGCCUACUGUUCUCCAGGAUAUCAUUUUCCGGAUGGUUCCACCGAAAUGAUGACAGAAUGUUUUACUCACAGUAAUAAAUGGAUUCCUUACAACAAGUUUCCUUCUUGUACCGGUGCAGGAAACGACUAUCAACAAGUAGUAAGUGUAGAAUCUCUAUGUAACGGACCGGAUUCUCCGGAUUCGGGUCGAGUGGAUUGCGUCUCGGAUAGUCGAACUAUGAAAUGUGUGGGAAGGUGUUUCAGUGGAUUUUAUUUUCCCGACGGUUCGUCCCAAAUGCAAUUGAUAUGUGAUAGAGCGAGUGGAAGAUGGACGACCGCUAGUUCAUUUCCUGCCUGUUCUGGUAUAAAAUUGUCUUGUCCAAAAUUGGCUUCUCCCGUUCCGGGAAGUUAUAAAUGCCAAAGUUCUUCGAAUAAAAAAACGUGUAUCGGUUACUGUUCGAACGGUUAUUAUUUUCCUAACGGUUCUCUCGAAUUAACUCUGACCUGUACUCAGGAAAAUGGUGUGGUCAGAUGGCGUCCUUACGCUGAGUUUCCGAAGUGCGAAAGAUUAAAUUUAUGCAAACAACCACCAGCUCCUUCCAAUAGUAACAUGCGGUGUUAUUCCAGACAAUACUCCAUGGAAUGUACCGCCGAGUGUCGCUUAGGAUAUAAAUUCGAUAACGGAAAUACCAAACUGACUCUAUAUUGCGAUACUUCCGACGGAACUUGGAAACCUGCACCCACCUUUCCCAACUGCUUAGUGACCUGCAAUCCGGAAUGCCAGAAUGGCGGAGUUUGUACCAAUCUCAACACUUGUUUGUGUCCGAGAGGAUAUCGUGGGCACAUCUGCCAAUAUCACGAAUCGAACUGCGACCAACGAAGAUUGAUGUUCUCCGGCGAUAUCAAAUGUCAGCAUUAUUCUAACGAGACUUUGUGUCAGCUAAAAUGUCCUUCCGGAAUGAUAUUUAGAACAACUUUCGAUCCUCCUCUUAUCAGAUGUAAUUUACAAGGAUUAUGGACACCGCAAAAUAUUCCUGCUUGUAUGGAAGAAAUCGAUUCGACGGGAUAUAAUCAAUUGGAUGAAUCGAAUUUACGGGACGAACAGAUUAUUAACGAUCAACAGGGCGACGUUAAUCCUGAUAAAGAAUGGAUGUUUGUUAGUGAUAUUCCCGAAAAGAACGAUGCUAACGAAGACGUGGAAUCUCCUUUUCGUCCUCCCUCUUCUAAACCGACUGGUACUUGUGCUGUUUGGAGCACCUUUCACUAUCGUACUUUUGAUGGAUAUAUGUUUGACUUUCCUGGAACUUGUUCCUAUAUUUUGGUGCAAGACUGCUCCACUGAUACCUUUACAGUCAUUUUAGAACAUGAUGAAAAUUGUAUAAACCGAAGAGUUACAACAAAUGUCCAGUGUUUUAGAACAAUAAGAAUUGAAGCAUCUGGUAAAUCAUAUCGUAUUUAUGCUGGACCAGACGGUGUUGAAUUACUAAAAGAUAGUUUUUCAAGUUUGGCUACUGAAGAAAUACCCUUAGUACGUAUCUCUAGAUACACCGUGAUAACUAUAUAUCAAGAUGUUAUGCUAUGGAUUGAUGGAACGGUAAAUACUUAUUUUGGUUUACAAUUAUUUGAAUUGUCUAUGAUUUUAUUUAGAGAAAAUUUUCAAACACAAUUGGAAAGCCAAGGUAGAUUAAAAUGA